UAAUAUUUGCCGCUCAAACUCUCGUGCUUCGUUGGCGGCUUCAGCUGUUAGAAAACGACGAACCGAGCCUAGCUUAAUUUUCUAACGUUUCCGAAGCUCCUCUCAACUCUCAAGUAGUUGCGCUUUCUUUUCCAGCUCCUUCCUUCCGCUGUAGUAAUGGAUACUGGAGAGGAGUACUCACUUGUUAUUGAACUAUCUGAAAACGAUCUUUUCUUUGAACAAAAGAAGAAAUUACUAGAAAAUAAGGGUUUUCGACCCAAGGAACGAAUAUACCUCAAGGGUACCUCAAAGCCUGGUUGGGUGAAUGCUACCGUAAAGGUUUUACUGCAGAUUGCGCGAAUUAUACAGUUAAAUGAGCUGGAACUUUAUUUUGCCGAAGAUGAUGGAUGUCCUUUAGUGGAGUUUUACAGCCCCAGGAAUGAGUUAGAGGCUUUCGAUUCAAUUCUUUCACUUGUUGACAUAUCACUUUCUUCUUGUGCAAAUCUCCAUACAAAUAUCCUGGAAUUGUUACGACAAACAAUUCUUGAUUUGAUUUCUGAUUUUGGGGAUAAGAAUAGUGUGAAGGGAAUAGUUGAAAGAGACCAUGGUAUUGACCAGGAAGAACGCCUGAUAAAAUGGGCAGAAAGCAAUGGUGUAAGGACACAGCUAAAAAUUGCUUAUGUCCAAGGUGCAGGACGUGGUGCAAUAGCGAGGGAGGAUCUCAAAGUUGGAGACAUUGCUUUAGAAAUUCCUAGUUCCAUUAUCAUUUCCGAGGAGCUUGUUUGUGAAACUGAUAUGUAUCAUGUCUUAAAAGAGGUUGAUGGCAUAUCUUCAGAGACAAUAUUGCUGCUGUGGAGUAUGAAAGAGAAGUACAACGUCAAUUCAAAAUUCAAAAUAUACUUUGACACACUCCCGGAAAAAUUCAAUACAGGAUUGAGUUUUGGCAUUGAAGCAAUUACAAUGUUAGAUGGAACCUUGCUGUUGGAAGAGAUAAUGCAAGCAAGACAGCACCUGCAUGCUCAGUAUGACGAGUUGUUCCCUGCUUUGUGUAACAACUUCCCUGAGAUAUUUCCAGUAGAGCUGUAUACAUGGGAGAAAUUUUUAUGGGCUUGUGAACUUUUUUACUCCAAUAGCAUGAAGAUAAUGUUCCCUGAUGGAAAGCUGACGACAUGCUUGAUCCCUAUAGCUGGCUUUCUUAAUCAUUCACUGUGCCCACAUAUUUUGCACUAUGGCAAAGUAGAUGCUACUACAAAUUCAUUGAAAUUUCGUCUAUCAAGACCAUGCAAAUCUGGAGAAGAAUGCUGCUUAAGCUAUGGGAACUUCUCCAGUUCUCAUCUAAUUACCUUCUAUGGUUUCUUACCGCGAGGAGACAACCCAUAUGAUACCAUUCCAUUAGAUAUUGAUGGUUCUGAUGUUGAUUAUGUUGAGGAUAAAUGCCCGCCCAACUGGACGACUCACAUGGUGCGUGGUACUUGGCUCUCCAACAAUCACAGCCUAUUCUAUUAUGGCCUUCCCUCUCCAUUAUUGGACCAUCUUCGGAGAUCUCGAAGUCCCAUGCUGAAUACGAAGACCUUGUUGCAAGGAAACUUGGAAAAUGAGCUGCAAAUUCUUGAAGAUCUAAUAUAUAUAUUUGAUGACAUGAUUGACAACAUGGGUGAGAGCGAUUUUGAUGACAGAGAAAACUGCAGCUGGGAUGGAAAAUUGGCAAUGGAUUUUAAGAAUCUACAAAGACGAAUUGCGUGUUCUGUUUCAAGCUCAUGUCAUAAUGGUGUCAACAUGUUGACGAAUGAAUUAAACAAGUGCAUGGCUGAGGACACACGAGGCUAA